UUUUUUUUAAUAGUUAUCACGAGAACCUCACAAAAAUACGCGGCAAGGAGAGAGAGAGAGAGAGAGAGAGAGAGAGAGAGAGAGCGGUGAGCUUGCGUAGGAGAUAACGUCUCUUUUCCCGUCGUCGGAGACGGAGGUUAUGCCUCUUGGCUGUUGAGGUUAAUAUUAAGCUUUCAUUUCUAAGUGCUUUUUGAGAUAUGGAACAAGGUCACAUCUGCUCAGGCUGCUACCUGUUUCGGGUUUCUUCGUUGCAAGAAGCACUCGAUUUACGGUUUCUUGCCCUCUCAGGCUUCCUUGGUGGCUCUUUCGUCAACUGCACUUAGUGGUACAGUACAACCUUCUUCUGUGGUGAUCUUAGGCUUCAUGUCUGCAAGUUAUCCUUUCUUGGCAUAGUCCUGAAGGCUCAUCUAAACCUGUCCUUACCUUAAAAUAAACUGUGCAAGUUCCUAUUCCAUGUCCGGUUCUUGUGGGUGACUAAACGAAGGAUGUACAAGCUUCUUUUCAAGUUUUGACAUGUCGUAGCUUUGAUAGUCUUUUCCUAGUAGAGUCUCUGAACCCCCUUGAGUGAAGCGUUGGUUCCUUACCCAGAUAACGUUCCUUCUUGUUGGUUCAUUGCGUCUUCCAGUCCUCGAUAUGUUUUGCCUUCUUCUCUUGGUGUCUUUCUUUUUCUUUGCUGGUCAACCGAUUGAUUUUCAAAGUAAAUAAAGGCCGGCUUACCUAGCGGGAGUAACUCUUGAGUUUGCUACUAUAAGAACAACUGGAAACUGAAGUUAUAUACAUUACAUAAAAAAAAUACUAAAGGAGAUACUUUACUUUACUGUUGGAGGGAUGGAGAGGUAUAAUUUAAUCAAAGAAGUUGGUGAUGGAACUUUUGGGAAUGUUUGGCGAGCUGUCAAUAAACAGACGGGUGAAGUCGUUGCAAUUAAAAAAAUGAAGAAGAAGUAUUUCUCUUGGGAAGAGUGUAUUAAUCUGAGGGAAGUGAAGUCGCUUAGCAGAAUGAAUCAUCCAAACAUUGUGAAGCUGAAGGAAGUCAUUCGGGAGAAUGAUAUCCUAUACUUUGUGUUCGAGUAUAUGGAGUGCAAUCUUUACCAGCUUAUGAAGGAUCGUCCUCAGCUUUUUGCGGAAUCUGAUGUCAGAAAUUGGUGCUUUCAAGUCUUUCAAGGCCUUUCUUACAUGCAUCAGCGUGGAUACUUCCACCGUGAUCUAAAGCCAGAAAAUCUAUUAGUCUCUAAAGAUGUCAUUAAGAUUGCUGAUCUUGGCCUAGCCCGGGAGAUUGAUUCGAGUCCACCUUAUACAGAGUAUGUCUCGACACGCUGGUACAGGGCACCUGAAGUACUACUACAGUCAUAUGUGUACACGUCAAAAGUUGAUAUGUGGGCGAUGGGCGCUAUUCUGGCUGAGCUGUUGUCUCUUCGUCCUCUCUUUCCUGGAGCUAGUGAAGCAGAUGAGAUCUAUAAAAUCUGCAGUGUGAUAGGUAGCCCAACUGAAGAGACAUGGUUGGAGGGGCUUAAUCUUGCUAGCGUUAUCAGUUACCAAUUCCCUCAGCUUCCCGGUGUACACCUUUCAAGCUUGAUGCCAUAUGCUAGUGCAGAGGCUGUUAACCUUGUUAAGCGUCUCUGCUCAUGGGAUCCCUGUGAUAGGCCAACUGCUGCAGAGGCUUUGCAGCAUCCGUUCUUCCAGAGUUGCUACUAUGUUCCACCAUCUCUCCGUGCCAAACUGUCUGUUGGACAGAGAGGGUCUCUCGAGCAUCAGCAGCAGUCCGUUAAGAGGUUGCCGGUAACUUUGACCAGUACUGCUAGUAAUAAUAAUAAUAAGGCGGUCAACAGCUAUGCUACUCCAAAGGCGAAUGCUCCUCCCUACGGUGCUUAUCAGACCCAGCGGAAGCAGGAGAUGUCUAAUAAAAUUAAUCAGGACACAGCAUGGUACAACAAGCCUGUGGGAAGUUAUCAUGUCAGAGAUGCUAAUAAGUAUAUACCACCACCUGGAAGGAAGAGUCCUCCAUCGAUGAACAAGAAGUGGGUCUUUCCUCGUGGGCCAUCAGAGAAUGCAAAUGCAGCGGUGGGAGGAGGAAGAUGGAGUCAAAGGCAGACACAACAACAACCAGCGAUGAAGGCAGGGUGGGUGGGAGAAAGUGGUGACAUGUUCCUGAGACCUACACAGCCUCCCAAUCCCUACUCUAGAAGAAUCGCUGGUUAAUGGCCAAAGUGUCUUUCCUUAUGACCCACACUCAUCAUCAUCUACUACUACCGGAGUGUCCAAGUCGAAAGUAUGAAAGACUGUUGAUUUACCUCUUAUUUGUGUUUCUCCUUCCUAAAACUCCCUUGUUUAUCUAUGGAUCUUUCGUCGUUCUGUUCUCGACUUUUUGAAUUUUAAGCGUCGGAUGUAUGGAGUUUUCUUUUCAUUUCGCAAUAAAGCUCUCGACUUUUGGACCAA